AUUGACUGUGCUUCCAGAGUGCUUUUUCUAACUUCCCUGACACAACAGACUAAAUGACACCGAAACAGAGAAGUGUGUAUCAUCAAACACGAGCACUUCUACAAAAAAUUGUUUUAAAAAAAUGGAGAGUAAGAAGAGAAAGUUUAUUGGAAUUGGGUGUUGCAAUACUGAUUGGACUGUAUAUGGGUGUAUUUUCAUAUUUCAAAGAAAAUAAUCGGGUUCCUGAAACACCUCCUCAGAAUCUUGGAAGGGUCGAUAAAUUUAAUAGCUCUUCUCUAAAGAUUUUUUAUACUCCAGUCUCUAAUAUGACUCAGCAGAUCAUGAAUAAAACAGAGUUUUCUCCCUAUUUGAAAGGAGUAAGCGUCGCUGAGGCACUAAAUGAAAAACAUAUGGAUACUAUGCUUCAAGAAAACAUCCCAAAUGCUGUGGGAAUUGUCUUUAAUGACACCUUCUCUUACAAGUUAAAAUUUUUACAUGGAUAUCAUGUUCCAUUUGUGAAAGAAGAAGAUUUUGCAGGUCAUUGCUGGAGUGGGUAUUCAGAGACUUCAUGCUCCUUGAUCACUUAUUGGACUAGAGGAUUUGUGACUUUGCAAACUGUCUUGAAUGCUGCUAUUAUAGAAAUCACAACAGAUCACCCUGUGGUGGACGAGUUGAUGUCAGUUACUGCCACAAAUAUGAAGACGUCACCUUUCAUUUCUAAAGAUGUGUUUCAAAAUGAGUUGUUUAUUUUCUUCAGCUUGCUGUAUUUUUCCCCAUUUAUAUAUUUUCUAACAAUCAACAUUACAAGAGAGAGAAAAAAGUAUAAAGAUUUGAUGAAAAUGAUGGGUCUUCAAGAUUCAGCCUUCUGGCUCUCUUGGGGUUUAGUUUAUGCUGGCUUCAUCUUUCUUGGUUCCAUAAUCAUUGCAAUUAUUAUAACAUCCACCCAAAUAGUAGUCAUGACUGGCUUUGUAGUCAUAUUCACACUCUUCUUCUUAUAUGGCUUAUCUUUGGUGGCAUUAACAUUCCUGCUGAGUGUAUUGUUAAAGAAAGCCGCCCUCACCAAUUUAGUGGAGUUCCUCCUUACCUUCUUUUGGGGCUGUGUGGGAUUCGCUGUGUAUUAUAAACAGCUUCCGUCAUCUGUGGAGUGGAUUUUGAGUAUUUGCAGCCCCUUUGCCUUCACUGCUGGAAUGAGUCAGAUUGUCCAACUAGAAUUUAACAUGAAUGGUGUAAUUUUUCCUGAUCCUUCAGGAGAUUCAUAUAAAAUGAUAGCAACUUUUUUCCUAUUGGCUUUUGAUGGUCUUAUCUACUCGAUAUUGGCAUUAUACUUGGACAAAAUCUUACCCUAUGAAAAUGACCAACGUCAGUCUCCAUUAUUUUGCCUGAAGUCGUCGUCUCAUUUCCAACACCGAAGGAUUGAUAGCAAGGACACUGAGAAAGAAAUAGAUCCUGAGCAUCCAUCUGAUGAUUGCUUUGAGCCAGUAGCUGCUGAGUUCCAAGGAAGGGAAGCCAUCAGACUCAGAAAUGUUCAAAAGGAAUAUAAUGGAAAAUCUGGAAAAGUGGAAGCAUUAAAAGGCUUGUUCUUUGACAUAUAUGAGGGUCAAAUAACUGCAGUUCUGGGUCACAGUGGAUCUGGCAAAUCGUCAUUGCUGAAUAUCCUUAACGGGCUAUCUGUUCCAACACGAGGAUCAGUUACCAUAUAUAAUAAAAAUCUCUCUGAAAAGCAAGACCUGGAGGAAGUAAGGAAGAAAACUGGUAUUUGCCCUCAAUUCAAUGUUCACUUUGACAUGCUCACAGUGAAGGAAAACCUCAGCCUGUUUGCUCACAUAAAAGGGAUUCACCCACAGGAGGUGGAACGAGAGGUGCGACAAAUUUUAUUGGAAUUGGACUUGCAAGACGUUCAAGAUAACCUUGCUAAACAUUUGAACGAAGGUCAGAAAAGAAUCCUGACUCUUGGCAUUGCCAUCUUAGGAGAUCCUCAAGUGUUGCUCUUGGAUGAGCCAACUGCUGAACUGGACCCUUUCUCAAGACAUCGCGUGUGGAGCCUCCUGAGGGAGCGCAGAGAAGACCAUGUGAUUGUCUUCAGUACCCACCUCAUGGAAGAGGCUGACCUCCUGGCUGAUAGAAAAAUGAUCAUGUCAAACGGGGAAUUAAAGUGUUCAGGUUCUUCUGUCUUUUUGAAGAGAAAAUGGGGUCUUGGAUAUCACUUAAGUUUGCAAAAAAAUGAAAUAUGUGAUCCUGAACAAAUAAUAUUGCUCAUUAAUCAUCACAUUCCUGAUGCAAAAUUGAAAACCGAAAACAAAGAAAAGCUGGUAUAUACUUUGCCCUUGGAAAAGACAAAUAAACUUCCAGAUCUGUUCAGUGAUCUGGAACAGUGCUUAGGCAAAGGUGUAAUAGGUUAUGAUAUUUCCAUGCCAAGUCUGAGUGAAGUCUUCAUGAAACUGGAAGGAAGAUCCACUGUUAGACAAGAUUUUGAACAAUUGCAGAAAAUAAAAGACUCAGAAAGCCUGAAUGAAAUGGGAGGAGCUUCCUCUUGUUUUCCUGAAAUGCAGAAGACCGUGAGUGGCAUGGGCCUCUGGAGGAUGCAGAUCUGUGCAAUAGCAUGGCUCCAGUUCUUAAAGUUCAAACGUGGAAGGAAACUGCUUUUAACCCUACUUUUGAUAUUGGGAAUUGCAGUGUUCCCCUUGAUUGUGGAAAUGAUCGUUUUAGCUAUAACAAACACCAAGACCGAUUGGGAACUUAAAACUGACUUGUAUUUCCUUUCGCCUGGCCAACUUCCCCAAGACCCUCGUACCAGCUUGUUGAUCAUCAAUAACACAGAAUCAAAUAUUGAAGAUUUUAUACAGUCACUCAAGCAUCAAAACAUACUUUUAGAAGUAGAUGAUUUUGAAAACAGAAAUGGCACUUAUGAACUCUCGUACAAUGGAGCUAUCAUAGUUUCUGGUAAACAAAAGGAUUAUAGAUUUUCAGUUGUGUGCAAUACCAAGAGAGUGCACUGUUUUCCGAUCCUUAUGAAUAUUAUCAGCAACGGGCUACUUCGGAUGUUUAAUCACACACAAUCCAUUCGAAUUGAGAGAGGUCUAUACCCUCAUAAUUAUUUAAUGUUUUGGACUGGGCUGCCAGAAGGCUCCACAUUCUUACUUUUCUUGGCAUGCAGCAUUUCUCCUUAUCUUGCCAUGAACAGCAUCAGCGAUUAUAAAAGGAAAGCUAAGUCCCAGCUCUGGAUCUCCGGUCUCCACCCCUCUGCUUACUGGUGUGGUCAGGCUCUGCUGGACAUUAAUCUCCUCACUGGCAUUAUACUUUCCACAUUUCUAAUUUUCUACAUUGUAAACAUGAAUCACGUUUAUAUUUCAAGUCGAAUUGUGUUUGCUGUGGUUGUGUUUUCAUUUGGUUAUGGAGCCUCUCUUGUCUUCUUAACAUACGUGAUAUCGUUUAUUUUUCGCAAGAAUAAAAAACACAGUGGCUUUUGGUCAUUUUGCUUUUACAUUGUCUUUAACAUCACACUCAGCAUCAGUGUGUUCCGUUACUUGGACCUAACCAUCAUUAUUACCAACAUGAUACUGGUUCCCUCAGCUACAAUGGGUGGAUUUCUAUUGUUUUUGAAUGAUAGAGCUUAUGAGUACCACAGGAAAUUUAAUGACCCAAAUUUUGACCUGACUGCAGUGGACCUUCUAAUAUGCCUAAUACCCUACUUCCAGGCUUUGAUCCUCAUUUUUGUUCUAAGAUGCAUGGAGAUGAAAUGUGGAAAUAAAAUUAUACAAAAGGAUCCUGUUUUCAGAAUGUCCCCUCAAAAUAGAGGUAUUCGACUAAAUCCAGAAGAACCCAUAGAUGAAGAUGAAGAUGUUCAAGCAGAAAGAAUAAGAACAGCAACUGCUUCGACCACUUCAAGAUUAGACGAGAAACCAGUCAUCCUUGCCAGGUGUCUACACAAAGAAUAUGCAGGCCAGAAGAAAAACUGCUGUUCUAAGAGGAAGAAGAAAACAGCAGUAAGAAAUGUCUCUUUCUGCAUUAAAAAAGGUGAAACUUUGGGAUUACUGGGACCCAAUGGUGCUGGUAAAAGCUCAUCUAUAAGAAUGAUGUGUGGGAUCACAAAGCCAACAUCUGGAGAGGUGGAACUGAAAGGGUACACUUCAGUCGACAGUCACCUGGAAGAAGGCGUGGUCAAGUUCUUGGGAUAUUGUCCUCAGGAGAAUGUGCUAUGGCCCAUGCUGACUGUGAAAGAACACCUGGAAUUGUAUGCCGCUGUGAAGGGCCUGAGGAAGGCAGAUGCUGCCCUGGCUAUUUCUCGAUUAGUAGAUGCUUUAAAUCUGCGUGAGCAGCUAAAUGUUACAGUACAGAAGUUAACGACAGGAACCGCAAGACAGCUAUGCUUUGUGCUUAGCAUCCUGGGAGAUCCACCUGUUCUUUUCCUGGAUGAACCAUCCACAGGCAUGGACCCAACGGGGCAGCAACAAAUGUGGCAAGCCAUCCGGGCAGCUGUAAGAAGCAGUGAAAGGGCUGUCCUGCUGACCACGCACUCCCUGGUUGAAGCUGAGGCCCUGUGUGACCGCCUGGCAGUCAUGGUGUCGGGAAGGCUGAAAUGCAUUGGCUCCAUCGAACACCUGAAGAGAAAAUUUGGCAAGGGCUACAUUCUAGAAUUGAAAGUGAAGGAACCUUCUCAAGUGACUUUGCUCCACAUGGAGAUUUUGAAGCUUUUCCCGCAGGCUGUACAGCAAGCCAGGUAUUACCCCUUGUUGACCUAUAAGCUUCCCCUUGCCGACGUUUGCCCUCUGUCUCAGGCAUUUCACAAAUUAGAGACAGUGAAACAUAACCUUAACUUGGAAGACUACAGCCUUUCUCAGUGCACAUUGGAAAAGGUGUUCCUGGAGCUUUCUAAGGAGCAGGAGUUAGGAGGUGCUGAGGAAGGAGUUGAUACAACCAUGAGAUGGAGGCUCCUCUCUCAUUCAGACGAACCUUAAAACCUCAAGCUUCAUAAUCCUAGAAACAUGAAUUUUAAGUAAUGAUUGGCAGCGUGAUAGCUUUAAAAAUCAUUUGAUAUUAAGAUCAGUUAUAUUUUGUAUGUUUAUUCAAUUAAUGAAUAAAAAGAUUAUUCUGCCUCUACUGCUUAGGGGAAAUAAAAUUAUAAGCUUAGAACUUUUAAA